UGUCUCAAAAAAAAAAAAAUCUAGCUAUAAUAUAUAGUUGGGAAACAGUUUCUAAUGAGCAUCCACGGUAUAUGAGAGAUCAUUGAAGUUUUCUUAUGCCCAUUGACCUCACAUCUAAUUGAGGUAACAAAACUUUUUAAUAUUAAAAGUAGAUACUAAAUCACAAUACAACUCUAGAAAAACGCUAACAAUGUAGGAGUAAAUUCUAAGAGUCACCAGGGUAUGUAUUGAGGAGGUAAAUUGAUUGCAGUUCUGUAGUAAAGGGUAUUAAGGAUGAAGACAACUUAAAAGUAGUUUCAUUGGCUUGGAGUGGAGAAAUGAAAGCUAUCUUAUAGGAAGUGGGAAAAGUGGGGAGGUUAAUUUUAGUAACUGCUAAGGAACUCUCUUAAAAUGUAUAGUGCACCCACGUGCUUUUCAGAAUGCAGCAUUUGGGCAACUUUAAGGCAGCAUGCAGCAACUGCUGUACUUUAAGGCAGGGAUCUCCAACGCCUGGGCCACAGAACUAGGCUGCACAGCAGGACAUGAGCUGUGGGCCAGCCAGCAAAUCUUCAUCUGUAUUUACAACCGCUCCCCUUGGCUUGCGUUACCACCUGAGCUCUGCCUCCUGUUGGCAUUUGAUUCUCAUAGGAGCGUAAACCCUGGUGUGAACUGCACAUGGGAGUGAUCUAGGUUGCAUACUCCUUCUGAGAAUCUAAUGCCAGGUGAUCUCUGUCACUGUCUCCCAUUACCCCCAGAUGGGACUGUCUAGUUUUAGGAAAACAAACUCAAAGCUUCCACUGAGUCUACAUUAUGCUGGGAUCUAGCAAUUGGGAGGCAGCAGACUUGGGUAAUGAAGAGAGAAAACAAAAGUUCUUGAGACUUAUGGGUGCAGGAAAGAAAGAACAUACUGGUCGUCUUGUUAUAGGAGAUCACAAAUCAACAUCUCACUUCCGAACAGGGGAAGAAGACAAGAAAAUUAAUGAAGAACUGGAGUCUCAAUAUCAGCAAAGUAUGGACAGUAAAUUAUCAGGAAGAUACCGGCGACAUUGUGGACUUGGCUUCAGUGAGGUAGAAGAUCAUGAUGGAGAAGGUGAUGUGGCUGGAGAUGAUGAUGACGACGAUGAUGAUUCACCUGAUCCUGAAAGUCCAGAUGAUUCUGAAAGCGAUUCAGAGUCAGAGAAAGAAGAAUCUGCUGAAGAACUCCAAGCUGCUGAGCACCCUGAUGAAGUGGAGGAUCCCAAAAACAAAAAAGAUGCAAAAAGCAAUUAUAAAAUGAUGUUUGUUAAAUCCAGUGGUUCAUAACUCCCAAACGCUUAGUCUUUGUAUUAAAAGUAAGCCUUAUUGUUAUAAUGCACAGUGGAGGACUGCUUAUAGAGCACAGACCUUUGUAUUAUAAUUUUUAAAAAGGCCCUUUUAAAUAAUUACAAAGAGUGUUUGCUUUCAAAUGCCAUGGGUUACACUUUUAUGGGCAUGACUAUAACCAUUUUUGUAAAGAGUAAGAGUUGUAUAAAAUAAAUAAAUACAGUACUCAACUUCCUUUCAUAUUAGCAUCAUCAACCCUCUAAUUCACCUUAUGGGGGAAAUGCUUCUUUUUGUUUGUGAUAGCUGUUUUAUCAUUUCCUUCAUAUUUUUCUCUUAUAAAAAUGUAUUUGAUACUGUGAUCUGUUCACGAAAAGUAUUCUUUAAUUAUUCUUUGUUAUAGUAGAGCUGUUCAUUAUGGAUAUUUCUGCUGCCAGUCACAAUCUAAAUUAAUUUUGGCAAAAGAUUGGGUACUUAGUUUCCUGUUACUGAGUUAGCUCUACUCUUUUGGACCAAAGCAACAUGAGAGCAAGUACUUUUCACACUUGUUAAGAUGGAGUUAUAACUGUCAUACAUUUGGAAUAUUAUGAUCCCAAGUAGUCUUUUUAUAAUUUGGAUUAUAUCGUAUGUUAGAUUUUUGAUAAAAUUUGGCCAAUUUUUACAGAAGAAAUUAUUUCUCUGAUCAUUUAGUUCUAUUUAGAAAUAUGUAAAACUGGAUUUUUUUUUUUUUUUUAAGUAAUAUGUGACCAAAGUUAAUUUUGUCCCAAAGGUCUAAAUAAAGAGCAGUUUCCCAUA